AUGAGCGAUCAAGAAUAUCUCGACGCAAGUAUUAUAACGACGGAACAAGAUAAAAUGGAGGACGCAACUACCCCCCAACAAAAUUAUACGUUACCAGCACCUGAAACAUUUCGAGUUGGCGUGAGAAUACCCCCGUUUUGGCCUGAAAAACCCUCAAUAUGGUUUUCACAAAUCGAAGGUCAGUUUGCGAUGGCGAGAAUUACCGACGACAACACGAAAUAUUACUACGUACUUUCGCACCUCGAUCGACAAUUCGCUGUCGAAGUUGAAGACAUCAUUACUUCACCACCGAGUAGCGGAAAAUACGAAAAGAUAAAAUCUGAGUUAAUCAAGAGGCUAUCUACGUCCAGCGAAAGGAAAGUGAAGCAACUUUUGCAAUCGGAAGAGCUUGGUGAUCGCAAGCCCUCGCAGUUCCUGCGACAUCUGCAGCAUUUGGCCGGCCCUAACAUACCGGAAGACUUUCUUCGCACAAUUUGGACGAGCCGAUUACCAAACAACCUGCAGACAGUGAUUGCAUCACAAAUGAGCCUGUCUCUCAACGAACUGGCAGACCUAGCUGACAGAGUGCAUGACAUCGCGCCAUCAUCACCGCAGGUAGCAGCCACCAGCGCUACGAGUACGCAGUCCGCAUUAGAAAUGAUGGCACGAAGCAUAGCGGAACUAACAAAGCAGGUCAGCUCUUUAAGUGCAGAUGUUCACGGCCGUUCCCGCCCUCGUAACCGGCAGUCAAACCAGCAGUCAAACCAGCAGAAUCGACAGCGGACUCCAUCAACGCGUUCCCAGUCCAACUAUAGAAAGUUCCCACAAUGUUGGUAUCACUUCAAGUUCGGCAGUCAAGCUAAGAAGUGCGUGAAGCCAUGCGACUACAAAUCGGGAAACGCUCAGGGCAAUCUGUAA